CAUCUGUCUCUUUAGGCUAGCUCCGACAGUCUUCUCGCAUUCUGCAACGUACUUGACUGUUCAUUUAAGUGAAUUGUCUUCGUGUUAAAAAAUGAAUGUGAUCGCGAGAUCUGCAAAUAUUUCACCGUAUUUGAAGUCAACGGUGACAGUUGUUUCAAAUGGAGUAAGAUCGGUAACGCCAACUAAUAAAGUUCAAAGACCAGCAAUUGUCGUCAUAACUCCCGUCACACCUAUGGUUAAUGAAACUUUACAACAGAACAUUAUUUCUGGAGUUGUUAGAGUGAGCUCAAGUAUUUCAGCUCCUACACAAAUACAUCAGACUCGUGGAGCCCACUCUGAUAUCAAAGUUCCAGAUUUUACUGCAUAUCGCAGAGAUGAAGUUAAAGAUCCAAAUGUAGAUAGUCGUGAAAGUGCUGCCUCGAGAAAAUCAUUUUCAUAUGUCUUAACAGCAGCUACUGGUUUAGCUGGUGUUUAUACCGCUAAAACAAUGGUCUACGAUCUUGUGAUGACGAUGAGUGCAGGUGCUGAUGUAUUGGCAAUGUCAAAGAUUGAAGUAAAGCUUGAUGAAAUACCGGAAGGAAAGAAUGUAGCAUUUAAAUGGCGUGGCAAGCCUGUAUUUAUCAGGCACAGAACACAAGCCGAAAUCAAUAAAGAAGCUGCAGUUGAUGUAUCUUCUCUUCGUCAUCCUGAACAUGAUAGCGAUAGGACGCAGAAACCAGAAUGGCUAAUUGUUAUCGGUGUGUGCACGCAUUUGGGUUGUAUACCUAUUGCUAAUGCUGGAGAAUUUGGUGGUUAUUAUUGUCCAUGUCACGGUUCUCAUUAUGAUGCAAGUGGUAGAAUCAGAAAGGGUCCUGCUCCUUUAAAUCUCGAGAUUCCAGAAUAUAAUUUCGAAGGAAACGUAGUAACUAUCGGUUAAUGAUGGUACGGUCUGUGUAGUAAUAAAUCGAAAAUAUUUAAUAGAAUAAUCGGCAUAUUGAAUCUUUUUCCUAAGAAUAGGAUAAUUAAUUAAUAAUGAUUAAUUAAAUACGUACAGUGAUAUUUCGUAUAUUAUGAAAUGUCCAAGAGUGUAUUAGCAAAAACACACACUGUGCGUUUAUAAUAUUAAAGUUGUACAAACUCUAUAAUAAAAAAAAAGAAAAGAAAAGAAGACAUGGAGAAAAUUGACCGUUCACAUAUUAAUCGUCGAUUUAAUAUUAUUUAUAAAUUUGCUAAGAUAUCUAUACUUACAACAAGAAGAAUUGAAGAGAGUGAGUUGCGGCUGGAGGAACGAACGUUCAUUGUAACAUUCGAUAGGUAAAAAGAAAUGAAAUAUAAACCUGUAAAGUA